ACCCGACCCCUUGUGUACACAGUGACCAUCCUAAAAGUCUAAUUGUACAGCCUAAUCCAACGGAUUUGGGCAUAACCACCCCAAUUAUUACACAACCACACCUAUACCUAAAAAACGUAGAAGAGGCAUUGACAAAUGUUGUUUGAAUGAGAUUGAAUGUAUACACAAAGACUAUGAUCCGUUCAGCUACGUUGUUUCACAAUACCACCCCUACUGCAGCUACUUGUUUCUAUCCGGGUCGACCCGAGUUGUCAUUUACCCGACCCGACUCGUACAGGUGGCCACGAGUGAGGCUUGUUAGACGUGGGUGUGUCGCGUCGCAGAGGAUCUAUGGGACCAAUGCUUCGCCGGAGACACUCGUCGCCGAUUUGCCGGAGAUUUGUACGGCCGAUGAGCUUCACUAUGUGUCGGUUCAUAACUCGGAUUGGCGGCUCGCGCUCUGGCGUUACAAAGCUUCUCCUCAGGCAACACCAAGAAACCAUCCUCUGCUGCUCUUGUCAGGAGUUGGGACAAAUGCGAUUGGAUAUGAUCUAGCUCCUGGUUCCUCAUUUGCACGUUAUAUGUCCAGCCAAGGAUUUGAUACCUGGAUUCUUGAAUUUCGUGGUGCUGGGUUGAGUGCAGCUAUCACUCAAAAUGAGAUAAAACAGGAAGUUGAUGUGGUGUCUGGGCAAAUUGAUUCAAUAAAGACCAAAAUAAAUGGUAAAAAUUUUGAGGAGAAGAAGUCAGAAGCAACGGCUGACACUGCACAGUCACAAGUCGGCCCUAAUCCUUUGGCACAGUCUGAAGUCUCCUCUGGCAGCAAAAUCAGUGAAGCAGAUGAAUCUCAGUUUUUGACAUACUUCACUGAAAAUUUUAUGGCUUUAUCUGAAAGACUGUCUAGCCUACUGAAUGAAGGAUUUUCCGAAAUGAAGCAGAGUUAUGCUCUUGUUGGACAAAUCCGGGAUUUAAGUCAAAGGCUGCUAAAUAUAAUUGAAGAAGGCCAGCGAUCUGUUUCUCCCCAAUUCGUUGACUUGGUAGCGAGAUAUUCCACUACAGUAGAAGACUUCCGGAAACAGCUUGAUCUUAUGGCAAAAUAUAAUUGGGACUUUGAUCAUUAUCUGGAGGAGGAUGUGCCAGCUGCAAUGGAGUAUGUGAGGAGACAAUGCAAACCAACAGACGGCAAGUUACUUGCCAUUGGCCACUCCAUGGGGGGUAUUUUGCUGUAUGCAAUGCUUUCAAAAAAUGGUUGCCAGGGACAGGAUUCUUACUUGGCAUCAAUCAUUACACUUGGGUCAUCACUUGACUACACUACAUCAGAGUCUUCAUUAAAACUGCUCUUACCCCUGGUCGAUCCUGCUCAGGCUUUAAAUGUUCCAGUUGUUCCUCUGGGUGCAUUGCUUGCAGCAGCUUAUCCACUUGCUUUCCGGCCUCCUUAUGUAUUGUCUUGGUUAAAUCCUUUGAUCACCGCACAGGAAACUAUGCAACCAGAACUGAUGGAGAAGUUUGUCUUAAAUAACUUUUGUACAGUUCCUGCCAAGCUUCUGUAUCAGCUCACUUCAGCCUUCCAAGAUGGCGGACUUUGCGACAGGACUGGGAAGUUUUUUUACAAAGAUCACCUCCACAAAAUUGAUAUACCCGUUUUAGCAAUUGCUGGAGACAAAGACUUGAUAUGUCCACCUGAAGCAGUACAUGAAACUAUUAAGCUGGUUCCCGAGCAUCUUGUUGAUUUCAAAGUGUUUGGUAGACAAGAAGGCCCACAUUAUGCCCACUAUGAUCUAGUGGGAGGUCCUCUGGCGCCAGAUCAUAUAUAUCCGGUUAUAAUUGAUUUUCUGAGUCGCCAUGACCAGAUCUGACUCCCAAUCAACGGAAUGUAUCUACAUAUCUAAUUCCUCCCAAUGAAAAAGUCUUGACAACUACUAUAUGCUUCUGUCCCUGAAAAAAGAUUGAAGCCAUCUCUGUAUAUGAUGUGUUGUGAUUUGUGAAGGCUUUUAUCAUCAGAUACUGACUAGCAUUCUAUCGGAAGUUCUACCUGGCAUGAGGGACUGGUGCAAGUAAAAGGUUAUCACAUCAAAGGAUACUAUAGGAGAGAGGUCAUUAUAUAAUACAUAUAUAUAUGUGGAGUAAUUAUGUACAUGCAUGUAUAUCACCUUCAUGGCCAAUUUUGUGAAAAGCAGAUUCAAGUUCUUGCAUACAAAACCUCCAAUAGAUCAAGAUACUUGUAAAAACUCUUUUUCAGAAAUAGAUAUGUAGAAUCCUUGACGCAUUUGUUCAUGAUUUGGCAUCUUGUACAGUGUGGAACACUGGGAGCAAAUUGUAGGUGCAAAUUAUUAUUUUCUUUCUUUC